GGCGACGUGCGCAUAGGGCGGGCGGGGCGGCGGGGCGGGCGGGCCGGCGGCGCGGCUGCGCGGAGGGCGGGCCAUGCGCGGCGGCGCUGGCCGGUGACGCAGUGUGACGUCAGCGCGGCGCCGGCUCGAUACGCCGCGGUCCGUCGUCCGUCGUCCGUCGUCAGUCGCCGCCCGCUCCAGGCCACCGAGCGUCGCGCACUCGCGACAUACCCGUCCGCGCGUUCUCUCUCAUACCGGGUUUUAGUUUCGAACCACGAUGACAUAGCCCUAGUGCCGUGCGACGAGACUACGUGAAAGCGCACACACAUUUUUAAGUUUUUCCGUUGGAACGAGGAAACCUCAAAGGUCCCCGUUGUUGCAGAACUAGCGACGACCCACCCCAUUCCGUUGAGGGACAGAGGCGAGACCGAGAGGCGGCUCACACCUUUUUUGUCCGCCUUUUUAUAAAGACUAACGAAAAAUGGGCGAGACACGCCGGAAACCACCCGCAAAAAAACGGAAAGCAGGAGAUUUAGAUGAUCUUAAACAGGAAUUGGACAUCGACUUCCACAAAGUAACGCCCGAAGAACUGUACCAAAGAUUUCAGACACAUCCAGAAAAUGGCCUUAGUCACGCAAAAGCGAAAGAGAACUUGGAGAGGGACGGUCCAAACGCACUCACGCCGCCCAAACAAACGCCGGAAUGGGUGAAGUUUUGUAAAAACCUUUUCGGCGGAUUCGCGUUACUACUCUGGAUUGGUGCUAUUCUAUGCUUUAUCGCUUACGGAAUUCAGGCGAGUACCGUAGAGGAGCCGGCGGACGACAACCUUUACCUGGGCAUCGUGCUGGCGGCGGUGGUGAUCGUGACCGGCAUCUUCUCGUACUACCAGGAGAGCAAGUCCUCCAAGAUCAUGGAGUCCUUCAAGAACAUGGUGCCGCAGUUCGCCACCGUCAUCCGCGAGGGGGAGAAGCUCACGCUACGUGCGGAGGACCUGGUGCUCGGAGACAUUGUUGAAGUGAAAUUCGGUGACCGAAUCCCUGCGGACAUCCGCAUCAUCGAGGCGCGCGGCUUCAAGGUGGACAACUCGAGUUUGACGGGCGAAUCGGAACCUCAGUCCCGCGGCGCAGACUUCACCAACGAGAACCCGCUCGAGACCAAGAACCUGGCCUUCUUCUCCACCAACGCCGUCGAGGGCACCGCCAAGGGCAUCGUCAUCUGCUGUGGAGAUAACACGGUAAUGGGCCGCAUCGCCGGUCUGGCAUCCGGUUUGGACACUGGAGAGACGCCCAUCGCGAAGGAGAUCCACCACUUCAUCCACCUGAUCACGGGCGUGGCUGUGUUCCUGGGCGUCACGUUCUUCGUCAUCGCCUUCAUCCUCGGCUACCACUGGCUCGACGCCGUCAUCUUCCUCAUCGGUAUCAUCGUGGCGAACGUACCCGAAGGCCUGUUAGCCACAGUGACCGUAUGCUUGACCCUGACCGCGAAGCGCAUGGCGUCCAAGAACUGCCUGGUGAAGAACCUGGAGGCCGUGGAGACCCUGGGCUCCACCUCCACCAUCUGCUCCGACAAGACCGGCACCCUCACCCAGAACCGGAUGACCGUAGCCCACAUGUGGUUCGACAACCAGAUCAUUGAGGCCGACACCACGGAGGACCAGUCCGGAGUGCAGUAUGAUCGCACAAGCCCCGGCUUCAAGGCUCUCGCCAAGAUCGCGACCCUCUGCAACCGCGCGGAGUUCAAGGGAGGCCAGGACGGCGUGCCCAUCCUCAAGAAGGAGGUGGCUGGAGACGCUUCCGAAGCUGCGCUGCUUAAAUGCAUGGAACUGGCGCUCGGAGACGUGCUCUCCAUCAGGAAGAGGAACAAGAAGGUCUGCGAGAUACCCUUCAACUCCACCAACAAGUACCAGGUUUCCAUUCACGAGAGCGACGACCCAUCCGACCCGCGCCACCUGCUGGUGAUGAAGGGCGCCCCUGAACGGAUCCUGGAGAGGUGCUCCACCAUCUUCAUCGGCGGCAAGGAGAAGGUGUUGGACGAGGAAAUGAAGGAAGCAUUCAACAACGCUUACCUAGAGUUGGGCGGAUUGGGCGAGAGAGUGCUGGGCUUCUGCGACUUGCAGCUUCCCUCCGACAAGUACCCACUUGGAUACAAGUUCAACACUGACGACCCCAACUUCCCUCUGGACGAUCUCCGCUUCGUGGGGCUAAUGUCCAUGAUCGAUCCCCCCAGGGCUGCUGUCCCCGAUGCCGUGGCUAAAUGCAGAUCUGCUGGAAUCAAGGUGAUAAUGGUGACCGGCGACCACCCGAUCACCGCCAAGGCGAUCGCCAAGUCGGUGGGCAUCAUAUCGGAGGGCAACGAGACCAUCGAGGACAUCGCGGCGCGCCUCAACAUCCCCGUGGGGGAGGUCAACCCGCGCGAGGCCAAGGCGGCCGUGGUGCACGGCACCGAGCUCAGGGAGCUCAACUCCGACCAGCUGGAUGAGAUACUCAAAUACCACACGGAGAUCGUAUUCGCCCGCACGUCGCCGCAACAGAAGCUGAUCAUCGUGGAGGGAUGCCAGCGCCUCGGGGCCAUCGUGGCCGUCACCGGGGACGGGGUCAACGACUCGCCCGCUUUGAAAAAGGCCGACAUCGGCGUCGCCAUGGGCAUCGCCGGCUCCGACGUCUCCAAGCAGGCUGCCGACAUGAUCCUGCUGGACGACAACUUCGCUUCCAUCGUGACGGGGGUAGAGGAAGGCCGCUUGAUCUUCGACAACCUCAAGAAGUCCAUAGCGUACACUCUCACCUCCAACAUCCCCGAGAUCUCCCCAUUCCUGGCCUUCAUCCUGUGCGACAUCCCGCUACCCCUCGGCACCGUCACUAUCCUAUGCAUCGAUCUGGGAACCGACAUGGUGCCCGCCAUUUCCCUGGCCUACGAGGAGGCCGAAUCUGACAUAAUGAAGCGCCAGCCGCGUAAUCCUUUCACUGAUAAACUCGUUAACGAGAGGUUGAUCUCGAUGGCGUACGGCCAGAUCGGCAUGAUCCAAGCUGCAGCAGGCUUCUUUGUGUACUUCGUCAUCAUGGCUGAGAACGGAUUCUUGCCCCUCAAACUGUUCGGCAUCAGGAAGCAUUGGGAUUCGAAGGCUAUCAACGACUUGACCGACUCCUACGGACAAGAAUGGACGUACCGCGACCGCAAGGCGCUGGAGUUCACGUGCCACACGGCGUUCUUCGUGUCGAUCGUGGUGGUGCAGUGGGCCGACCUGAUCAUCUGCAAGACGCGCCGCAACUCCAUCGUGCACCAGGGCAUGCGCAACUGGGCGCUCAACUUCGGCCUCAUCUUCGAGACCGCGCUGGCCGCCUUCCUGUCCUACACCCCCGGCAUGGACAAGGGCCUCAGGAUGUACCCUCUCAAAUUCGUGUGGUGGUUGCCCGCCAUUCCGUUCAUGCUGUCGAUCUUCAUCUACGACGAGAUCCGGCGCUUCUACCUGCGCCGCAACCCGGGCGGCUGGCUGGAACAAGAGACUUACUAUUAGACGCCCCCACCCCGCUUGUUCCCCCGUUUCCUGCCGUCCCCCCCUGCCCCCCUGCUCCCCCCUCCCCCGCCCCCCGCCCCCCGCCCGCCGCACGCGCGGGGGCAUGUGUCCGCGCGUGCCCGUUCGCCCCGCACGCCCCGCACGCCCCGCGGACGUAUGCCCCGCCACCUAUACCGCCUUGCCCCUGCCCCCGCCUGUCCCCCGCCUGUCCCCCAUCCCCCAUCCCCCGUCCCCCGCACACAAACUCACCGUUACCGUUCGACGAACUAUGUAUGUAUAUAUGCACAGUGGAGUAUGGAGUUUGAUAUUUGUGAUGAUAAAAAUAUUAUACGCGUACUAUUAUUUGGGAGUGGUGAAUCAUGUUAUUUUUGUAUCGAGAUGGUUUAUGUGAGUCGCGUGCGCCGGCCUCGGGUCGGGGUCGGGCCCGGGCCGGCGGCGAGCGUUCGUUGUAAAAUUAAAAUCUAAGAAGCCAUUAUUAUUAUUAUUAUAAUUUAAGUGAAUUAGCUUAAGUUGAAUUUUUCGAGUGUUCAGUUGGAGAUUGGUUCGGGUGCAUGGUGUGUGAGAGUCGAUGUGGAGUGCCUGAGUUUAGUUAGCGUCACUACCGCUUACUGUUAGGUAGGUUAUCGAAUAUCGAUGCCGUAUUUUGAAUCGUAAGUGUAGACACGGAGCAUGGCACGGACGCGUCGCUUGCGCACGACGAGCCGGCGCUUUACUUUUAUAACCGAUACUCUGAUCAUUAGCGUCAACGUUAUUAAAAUAGGCUGCUCAUGUAAAAUUACGUAAGAUUUUAUUUCUUAAUUAAAGGAUAAUAACAAAACGUAGGGAUGCGUAAUUAGAGAUUUUUAAAAUUAUACAGUUAUGAUAGAGUGGCGUCCUGCCGAUCCGCGCGGGCCGGGCCGCGAGGGGCCGCGACCCGGGCCGCAGGGGGCCGCGAGGGCCCGCGGAAGGGCCGCGAGGGGCCGCGGGGGCCGCGACCCGGGCCGCAGGGGGCCGCGCGGAUGCUCAUUCACAUUUUUCGUAACGAAUACAUAUAACAUUAUAAUAAUGGUUACAAAAGUAAAAUAUAACAUUAUAGCGACUAAUAAAUCUAAAUUAUAUGAAAUGUUUAUAGAUUUAAAUGAAGUUCGUUUCUUUAGGGUGACCUUCUGUGCUUGUUUGAUGAGGACGUUGUUCAUCUCAUUGACAAUAGUCGUUGAUGAUAUAAUUAUAAUUGUGGCGAUCCGAUCUUGUGAGCGGUUUGUUUGAACUACACUGUAGAACUAAUAUUGUUUUGCGUUGGACAGUUCUUUACACCGUUUCAUUUUAUAGUAUUACUCUGUUGGCUAGGAGCGCUGUAAAAAUGUAAGUGUUAAUAAAAAAAACAUUUUCAAAAUAUUAUUUUGGUGUUUCAUUCGUUGUUAUAAUUUUAAUUUUGGACCUUUACGAUGAAAUAUUUGUGUGUGCCUGUGUACUUUUUGUGUAUCGUUGCCGCGUGCCGAUGCAUGUUGCGUACUUUGAACUUAUUCUUGGCCAAACGACGCAAAUGCAUCAAACAAUGCUAUUGAAUAAAAACUAUUAAUAAGG